GGAUGCAAAGAAGGUGCAACUUGAAUCAUAGUUGGCGCCUGUACAAAUGGUACAACAUAAGAGAGAAAAAUAGUGCAGAAUGAGUUUGUUCAAUUGGAAAAAGUGCAUCGUUUUAGCUGGAAUAAUAUUUAUUUUUUGUUGCCACCGCUGCAGCUGUAAAAAUACAAAAAGUCAAGAAGAUAAAACGGAUAAUUUAUUUUUAGAUAGUGAAUCGACUCUAAAUAAUUUAACAAAAUGUCCUCCAAACAUCAAAACAAAAUGUCCGCAAGACUGCAUUAUUAAAAACAACAAACCAAUUUGUCGCUGCUUCCCUGGAUACAUUUUUAAAAAUAAAAAAUGUGUGGACAUAAAUGAAUGUAAAAGUGGUAAAAACAAAUGUGAGAAAAAAUGCAUCAACCUUCCCGGUUCGUACAAAUGCGCUUGCCCUCACGGCUUCCGUUUACUCCCAGAUGGUAAAACCUGCGAAGACAUCAACGAAUGUCUUCUGCGAAAUGGGCAUGGGCCUUGUCAGGACUUGUGCGAAAACACCCAUGGUUCGUAUAAGUGUAUUUGUCGCAAUGGUACAAAACUGGCUCCAAAUGGGCACUCGUGUACCGAUUUGGACGAAUGCGAGGACAAGAAUUCGGGCUGUUCGCAUGGGUGUAUCAACACCCAUGGAAGGGUGUACUGUACUUGUCCCAUUGGAUUGGAGUUGGGGUCGGAUUGGAAGACUUGCAACGAUGUAAAUGAAUGUGAAGAUGAGAAAAUAAAAGGUAGUUGCCCAUAUGGGUGUGUUAAUACAGUUGGGUCGUAUUUUUGUGCCAAGAGUGGGAAUGUGGCGAUGGCGGAUGAACCCGUGAAUGAAGACGAAGAUUAUGAAGGUGAAGAAGAAGAUUAUGAAACUGAGGAGGAAUACGAUGAUAAAGACUAUGAAGACGAGAAAGAGACAAAUAAAACUGAAGAAACUUCCGAUAAGGAAUACAACGGUAUUGAUAAUGUGCCAGAACUGAAGUUUGAUGAAGCCGAUGAGGCUCUUGAAAUUAAUAAAAACAAAAAUGUGAUAAACCAUAAUAAGUCUGAAGUUUUUGAUAAUAAUAACAGUAUUGAUAAAAAUAAAACUGAUAAAAAAGAUGAAAUCACGAAUAAUAACACUGACGAAUAUGAAGACGAAGACGAUUACGACGAUGAAGCAGAAGAAGAUUACGAAGAUGAAACAGACUUGACUGAAAAACCGUUCACAAUUGUUGACUCUCUACCAACUACAACUAGAACUACUGAAGAUAUUGUAACAACGUUUGCCCCGAUUGGAAAAAAUGAAGACUAUGUAGAAAGUACUGAAGAAACUUUAACCAAACCGGAAGAAAGCGACAAAAAUUCCGAUUUGCCUGAAAUUAGUACUGAAACAGAAAAUUUAACAACGACUGAAGCGUUUGAAGAUAAUGAAAGAGCGAUUGAUGAAGAUGAUGAAGAAGGUGAAGAUUAUGACGAAGACGAGGAUGAAGAUUAUGAUGAUGAAGAUGAUGACGAUUUUGGAGAUCAUAAUCGCUGUAUUGAGGGUUACGAAAUGAAUGAUAAAGGCGAUUGCGUUGACAUCGACGAAUGCCUCUCCAACGCCGCCUCCUGCUCACACGACUGCGAGAAUACCGAUGGCGGCUACAAAUGUCUUUGCCCCCCCGGCUACGAGCUCGACAUCCCCGACUUCAACACCUGUCAAGACAUCAACGAGUGCAUCUCCAAUCCUUGCGCUUACAAAUGCAUCAACGAGAUCGGCACCUUCCACUGUGAAUGCCCCGAAGGCUACCUCCUCCUCGCCAACAACAGUUGCACCAAAAUCACUUGUCCCCAAGACCACAUCGUCGACCACGGCGUCUACCGCUGCAUCUGCCCUCGCGGAUACACCCAAAGUCACAACAAAAUCACCUGCGACGACGUCAACGAGUGCGACGGCGACCAUGGGUGCACCCAUCUGUGCAUCAACCACGAGGGCUCCUAUUCGUGUUCGUGCUACGAUGGGUUUGCUCUGGAGCGCGACAACAAGACUUGUAGCGACGUUGAUGAGUGCCAGAAGGGCGUUUGUGGGCAAAAAUGCGAGAAUACGAAAGGGAGUUUUCGGUGUUUGUGCGAAAGGGGGUACGAGUUGGCUCCCGACCAGAAAACCUGUCUCGACAUUAACGAAUGUGAGCAAAACCAUUUCAAUUAUUGUGAUCAAUUGUGCUACAAUUUUGACGGAGGGUACGAAUGUGGGUGCAAACCAGGAUUCAAGUUAACUGAGGAUGAGUCAAAUUGUCAAGACAUCAACGAGUGUGAGGACAACAAUGGCAAUUGUUCACAAAUUUGUGAGAAUUUUGACGGGGGUUAUCUCUGCAAGUGUCACAAAGACUUUCAUUUGACUCACGACAACCACACUUGUGUGUCAAUUGACCCGUGUUAUGAAAACAAUGGUGGCUGUUCCCAUAUUUGUACAAAUGUCAACAAUGAAGUGGUCUGUGAAUGUCCCGAAGGAUAUGAAUUAGACGACAAAAAUUGUGUCAAAAUCAACCCUUGUACAGUCAAUAAUGGGGGUUGUUCCCACUUUUGUGAAUUCAUCAACGACCAAACCAAUUGUCUUUGUCCCGAGGGACACGAUUUGACCAAUGGGACAAUCUGUAUCGAACAAAAUCCCUGUUUGGACCACAACGGGGGUUGUUCCCAUUUUUGCGAUUUUACCAACCACACUAUCAUUUGUUCAUGCCCUGACACUCAUGACUUACAUAACGAAACCUCUUGUUACCUUAAAAAUCUCUGUCUUGAUCAAAAUGGCGGUUGUUCUCACUUUUGCCACUUUGAAAAAGACCAGUUAUCUUGUUCUUGCCCUGAUAAUUUUUAUCUUGAAGGCAAGAUUUGCUACCGCAAAGAUCCUUGUCUUAUCAAAAAUGGCGGGUGUUCACACCAAUGUUUUUCGAAUGAUUUAGGAGAGGUCAAAUGUUCGUGUCCUGAAGGGUACGACUUAAGGGACAAAACGUGCAUAAUCCCUGAUCCUUGUGACACCGAUAACGGGAAUUGCUCACACGAGUGUGUCUCUGACGGGAUUAAAGUCACCUGUCAAUGUCCUGAAGAUUUUAUCCUAGUCAAUCAGACACAUUGCGAGCCGGAUUUGUGCCUGGUUGAAAAUGGUGGUUGUUCCCAUGAUUGUCACUUUAGUGACCAUAAAGUGACCUGUCUGUGUCCCAGUGAUCAUGAUUUGGGUCCCGAUGGUCGAAAUUGCAUCCCACGGGACCCUUGCACCAUCCAAAAUGGCGGUUGUUCACACUUGUGUCAAAAUUUUGAGGGCAAAGUUAAGUGUGUUUGUCCUAAAUUUUUCAAUUUAUCGCAAGAUGGUCGAACUUGUGUAAAAAUUAGUUUAUGCUCAAUAAAUAAUGGAGGUUGUUCUCAUGAAUGUACCGAAGAAGGGGACAAUAUUUACUGUUUGUGUCCCGAUGGAUACUCCUUGGAAGGCAAAACUUGUAUCCCUGUUGAUCCCUGUAGCCAAAACAAUGGAGGUUGUUCCCACGAGUGUACCUCCGAGUCAAACAUUGUCUACUGUUUGUGUCCCGAAGGAUUCGAACUAGAUGGCAAAGAUUGCAUCCCUGUUAAUCCCUGUGACAAUAGUGAGUGUUCCCACAUUUGUGAAGUUGUGGAGGGGAAGGCUGUCUGCAAAUGUCCACAACACUACGAGUUAAUUGGCAAAACUUGCACUAGGAUUAAUCCCUGUCAGAUUAAUAACGGGAAUUGUUCGCAUACGUGCGUGUCCAAUGACGGGAUCGCGUCAUGCUUAUGUCCUUCGGGAUUAAAACUUGUCGACAAUACAAACUGCAUUGAGGACAAUCCCUGUUUAAUCGACAACGGGGGAUGUUCGCACCUAUGUCACAAUAUCGAUGGCAUCGCUCGCUGUUCUUGUCCCUCGGGUUACAUCCUCCGACCAAAUAACCUCGUCUGUAAAGAUAUUAAUGAAUGUAAAAUUCGACGAGGGGGCUGUUCGCACAGUUGCAAAAACCUCCCCGGAUCUUUCCAAUGCACUUGUCCUAUCGGAUUUGAAUUGGGAUUUGAUAACCGGACUUGUGUCGACAUAAAUGAGUGUUUGGAGGAUAAUGGCAAUUGUCAGAUGACAUGUAUUAAUUACAAAGGGGGGCAUAAGUGUGGAUGUGAGCAAGGAUACGCUUUGCAGGAAGAUGGGAGGACUUGUGCUGUUAUUACAUUUCGGGAUUGCCGAAUUCCUGCUGCGCCCGAUCAAGGGAUUAUUAAAUGCAUUGGAGGGAAUUACGAUAAAGGGAGUCUUGCACCAGUGGGGACAAAAUGCAUGGUUUGGUGCAACGAGGGACACAAACUGGUGGGGGAGUCGGUGAGGGUGUGCCAAAGUACAGGGAACUGGGGGGGCAAAGAACCCCAAUGUGUAGCUGCUGCUUGUCCGCGUCCUGGCCCUAUCCAAAACGGCUGGCUUCUGCCCAGUAACUGUAAUAACGGUUUUACCUACGCGGGUGAAAAAUGUCGAAUUUAUUGCAAAAAGGGCUAUAAAUUGCGUCCCCGAUUUGAAUUUCUUUCAUGCAGUGAAGACUUGAUUUGGGAACCUUUAGAAGCGGUGAAUCGUCUUCAUGACGUUUGUGUCCGAGAUAUUGAACAUACGUAUAUUAAGUGUCCCGGAGGGGGUCACCUGACCUAUACCUUGCCCCAAGGACAGAGGCACAUGUAUGCGAAGAUACCUCAGCCUGAAACAAACGCAAAUUGGAUCAGAGAUGUAAAGGCUGAGCCUAGUUGGGGUAUGCAAUUAGGUACGAUCUUACCAGCUGGUCACACCGAAUUGACGUUCUACGUCGACCCUGAAGACCCAAGUCUUCUCCUCCACUCUAAUUUGACUUCUUGUAAAUUACUUAUUACAAUUUUGGAUAUAGAAGACCCUAAAGUUGCCGGAUGUCCCACAAACAUGGAAUAUACUCUUCCAAGAGGGCGCAAAAGCCAAUUAGUGUUCUGGAAAGAGCCCCAAUUUAGUGAUAAUGUGGGAAUAGCAAGGCUUUAUAAGUCUAGAGAACCUGGAACUUCGUUCGGCGUUGGCUUACAUCACGUCAAUUACGUCGCAAGUGACGAAGCUGGAAAUCGAGCUUUUUGCCACUUUACUGUCGAUAUAAAGGAAGAAAUUGACUCACCUUCAAAUGACCUUGCAUCAAAUUUAGAAAAAAGGUCGGAAAGAUAUCGCGCAGUUUUGGUUUGCCCAAGUGGAGUAAAAUACAUGUCAAAUCCUCCAGAUCUCUAUAAUAACAAGAUCGCAAGCGAAGCUGGGUGUUACUGGAGACACGUCCGCGUUUCGGGCCCACUGCAGCCCCAAGGGUUCAGAAUACCGCCCCAUAGAAUACACAACGAGAGUCGUCUACCACCCCACUUGCAGAAAAAGCACCGCUACUUCGAAUGGUACGACAAGUGUUGUUAACAUGAUUUCCUUGUACAAGACUAACAAAAUUAUUUUAAAUAAAAA